AUGGGGCCGGAUGGGGCCGAGACAAGGCAGCAGGAGGGCGUCCGCGGACAUGUGGGGGGGUGCAAAAAGGAGACCCUCGUUUUCGGGCUUGCCUCUGCCCUUCGCUUUCCCUUCCCCCCCAGAGAGAUGCAGCUGCGGCUGGUGCAGGACGUGCUCCGGGUUAUAUUCGAGACGGCGGCGCGCGCGGACCGCCGUGCCGCGCUCCAGCUGUGUCUGGUGAACAAGACUGCGCAGCGGUGGAUUGAGCGUAUACUCUAUAACACGGUCCGGUUAAGAUUGCAAAGGACGACGGACAACUUCCUGCGGACGGUGACGGCGACGGACAAGUACGCCAAGCACGUCAAGUCGCUGUGCAUCCUGUACGACAUCCGGCCAGCGGACCUGGUCGCCGUUGUGGGUGCGUGCGGGCUGAUCGAGAGCAUCACGUCGUGGUUCCUGCCGACGCGGCCCGCCCUCGGCGCCGCGCCCCUCCGCCGCCCGCCGGGGCCCCUCGCGGCGUUCAUGGGCGCCCUCCGCCCGAAACACCUGUCGUCGUGGCACGGGGUGCUCACCGCGCCCGACCCGAGGCUGGACCUCCCCUUCUUCAGCCAGGUCACGCACCUCACGGUCGUGAACGUGUGGGAGGAGUGGUGCGCCUGGCCGUGGCCCCCCGGUGCGCUCCCCGCGCUCACCCACCUCUCGCUCGACUUCACCUUUGGCGCGAGGACAUUGUCGACCCAGGAAAUCGCGCGGAUGGGCGAUGCAGUGACGACUAUUCUGGCGGCGUGCCCCGCGCUGGGGGGUGUGUGGCCUGCGGAUCGACCAGCGGGAGAGCGCGGCGAGCGUGGUGGCGGUGGCGGAGUAUUUCGCCAAACUGGGCGAGACGCGGGUGCUGCUGUACCGCAACCGCGAGCCGUUCCAGAUCCGCGAGGCCCGCUCCCCCUCCGAGCUCCGCUUCUGGGCCGCCCUCGCCAACGCCGUCCGCGACAUCGCCCCAGACAGCCCCCCCGCCCGCCGCAUACUCACCAUAAACCCCCCCGCGCCGUCUACACGUCUACAGAUCCGCUGUACCUCGUCGCGCAGGGCUGGGCGGGCGCGGGGUCCGCCCUCAGGCACGGCGCCCUCGCGCGCCCGCUGGCGAUCCCGCAGAAGCGCACGCUGGCGGGCGUGGGCAAGGACCGCGACGAGGCGUUUCCGUUCUGGGACCAUUUGUUCUCGGCGGCGGCGAAGGCGAUCACGAUCGCACUCGCGGAGAGCGAUGACGAGGAGGGUGAUAAUACCGCUGCACGGCCAGCGCUCCACCGCACCGCGACGGGCAUCCUCUCCAACCGGCGGCCCGCCAUCUCCCUAUCCAGCGACUCCGGGGCCACCACCCCGGAUCCCCCAGACGACGCAAGCCAGCAGCGCUUCAGCCUGCUGGUGACGGCGAAGCGCGCGGCGGCACGGAAGGGCCUGUAUGCGCGCUUUUUCAGGGGGCCGGUGCUGGGGCCGGACACCGAGAGUGUGGUUGGUGAGGAGGAGGGGACGCAACAUACGGAUGUGGAGGCGGAGGAGAAGGCGGCGAGGAGGAGGGCGAAGCGGGAGGCCAAGGCGCAGAAACGACUGGCUAGGGAAGAAAAAGAGAAGAAGCGGAAACGGGGGCGCGAUGUGGAUGGGGCCCCAGAUUUAGAGAAAAAGGAGAAGAAAAUAAAGAAGCGGAGACGCGACGAGGAGGGUAUCACUCUGGGUGGCGGGGCAGCGGACAGCACGAACUUGGAUGUGGCCCCGCCGACGACAGAGAAAAAAGAGAAGACAAAGAAGCGGAGACGCGAUGCGGAGGGUAUCACUCUGGGUGGCGGGGCAGCGGACAGCACGAAGAAAACAAAGAAAAAGCGGAAACGCGAGGAGGAGGGAGACGACGAGGCAAAACGGAGACAGGACCCGGAGAAGAAGAAGAGGCGAAAAAGUAGCGACGGGUAG